CUGCGCAUGUGAAUAAAACAGAAAGUGAAAGUAGAAAGAACGAUCAAUUUUGGAGUAAAAUAAAUGUUUAGAAUCAAGGUCAUCAGUUACAUCAACUUUCAACACUAGUUCAAUUAUGAUAAGUAAAGCAGGAGAGAAUUUCAGUAUGUGCAGUCUUGUUUCUCUUUCUGUAAAGAAUGGGAUCAUUGUCAUCUAGAGAUACUACUAGAUCAAACCUUGAAGCAGAAGUAUUGAGAGCAAUUAAAAGUGACGAUACAAAGUUCCUGUCCUUCAUUCAAGAUAAUUCAGAAGUAUCUGCUCAAUACUGUCAGACCUUCCCGCAAUUCCUUCUCCAUUACGCAGUACAACACGGACGAGUAGAAUGGGUUAAAUACUUGCUAGAAAAAAACUUCAAUGUGAACAGUUUAGCUGAAGGGAAAGAGACGCCAUUACAUUCUUGUGUUCGUGCAAAACAUAAUGGAGUUGCAUGUGCAAAGAUAAUUUUGAAAGAAAAAUCUGACAUAAAUGCACAGAAUGUUUGGGGACGUUCUCCUUUAAUGGAAGCCAUUAUUCAGUUUAAGUUUGAAAUGGUUGACUAUUUACUGUCAGAAGGAGCAGAUGUACAGUUACCUGACGACAAUAAAACCACACCAUUACAUGUAUGUGCAAGUUAUGGAAAUAUAUGUUACUUGAACAAGUUGUUAGGUAGAGGUGCAGAUCAAAAUGCUCAGGAUGAGCGAGGACGCACUUCUUUGUAUUUUGCUAUUAAUGGAAACCACAAAAGAGUUAUUGAAUUUUUCAUUCAAAAUGGCUGUAAUGUUAAUUUAUAUGAUUCAAACUUUGGAUCUCCUUUACAAAAAGCUGUAACAAUGUCAAACAUAGAAUUAGUUCAGCGAUUACUGAAAGUAGGAGCCAAAACAUCUAUGUACAAUAUUUCAAGGAUUGGUAAUGUGAAACUGUCCUUAUCUGAACUGGCCCUUCACACUGUACAAGUGUCUGUAGAAUUAGUGAGUCCUACAGAAUGUGAAGAUGGGGAUCUUUCUGGACCUGAAAAGAAGGCUUUAAGACAUAUUCAAUGUUUCAAGUUGCUUGUAAUUGCCCAUGGAUUACCUGUACCAAAAAAUAUCAGAGAUCGUAUAAAACAAAUAGUUCAGAAAUGUAAGGUGCAAGAUUUAAAGAAUGAACUUCUCAAAUUACAGACACUUGCAAAUAGUAUGGCACAAUUAUCUGUCAAAAGACCAGUUGACACUCUUCAAAAUUUAUCAAGACUACAGUGUAGAAUAUAUUUGAUGAGAUCUAAAAGAAAUGUAAUCUGGGCUUGUGAUCAAAUGGAUGUACCAAACAUACUUAAAAAUAUUCUCACUUUUAAAAUGUAAAAAGAUGAUUGACAAGAAAAAUAUGUAUUCAUAAAAGUUUUAAUUUUU